AGGAAUAACAAUCUAAGAAAGAUAAAAUGCUGAGUAAUGUGAGAUUCGUCUGCAUCAUUGCUUUAAGCAUUUCAAUCAUAUCUACAAAUAUUCAAGCCGUCCCAACCGAUGUUUACUUCAUGAAUAAAUAUUCUGAUUUGAGGACGGAGAGUUGCUAUAGUUGUAAAGAUCAAGAGUGUGUAGUUACUCAGGCAGAUUUUAAAUACUCUUCAAAGAUGACUGUUUGCUUCAGACAGUUUCCAUUUGUUUACAAAUACCCUCAAGCACUCUGGUCUGUCAUAGCAUCCAUUGGAACUCUUAAUGAAGAUGAAACCUUUUUCAAAGAAGGUAUUGCGUAUGGCGUUUGGAAGACAGGUCCCUGGCUUGGAUUUAAAUAUGGAGAUAAUGAGGAAUGGAUUGGGCUUGGAACCAAAGUAUAUGAACUUCAGACCUGGCAACAUACAUGUUUUACUUUAAAUAUGGAAACAGGAAAUAUUCAGCUUUUUGAAAAUGGAAAGAAAUCUUUCGAUGUGAACUGGGAUAUUUUGGUAACAUUCUGGAAAAAUGUGAGUGAAACCUUCACAGUGGCCUCUCCAAGUUGUUGGUGGAGAGAAAUAGAAGAACAGUUUAUGUCAACAUAUGGAAAGGUUACAGACAUGCAAGUGUUCAGUAAAAUAUUAUCUGAGGAUGAAUUAAGAAAUAUAACAGGCUGUAUAGUUUCAAUGGAAGGGGACAUUGUAAGCUGGAAAUACUCGAAUUGGAAAUUGAUUGGUGCUAAGAAAACUUCUUCAGUAGAGAUAUUGGAUUGGACAAAUGAUGUUUGUAAGUCUGCUAAUUACAGCAUUCAUUUAAUACCUAUAAAGCGUUCAAACCAACCUUGGGGAGCACACACUUGUAGCAAGUUAUCUGGUCGUCAGCUGACCUAUGAUACAAAGGAAGAUUUUGAUGAUAUUGUUAAGUAUCUUUCAUCCUCAAGAUUUCAGAAUUCUAGCUGUUCCGCUCAAGAUAAAAAUGGUUACAAUACUGGGGUUUGGUUUGGAACUAAUGAUGAAGAUGAAGAGGGAGUAUGGAGACAUUUUCAUAACAAGAAACAAAUAACUUAUCUAAACUGGUUGCCCGGGAGACCCUAUCUAGGUUCCCAUGAAUAUAAUUGCAUUAGACUGCAUGCUUCCUAUACUGCCACCAACUCAACCUAUUCUCAAGUUAUUGAUGCAAGGAUACUGGAUUCAGAGUGUAAUGGAUAUGACAUGUGCACUGCGUGCAUUGUGGAUUAUCCUGUUAGAAAACUGUUUGUCCGAGGAUUGUGCCAAGCGUCUAUAUUUGACAGAGAAUAUUUUUACAAUAUUGAUUUGGAUGGGUCUAUCUUAUACAUGGGGACAUCAUCUUCUAUUAUCAUAUUUGAUAAGAAAAAUCUUGAAUGGCUUUGGUAUGACAGGAAAGUAAAUUCUAGUGUUGCUUUUUCAACAUCUAAUGAAGACUCACUUCUUCUGGGUGUAAAUAAAUUUGAGUUUAGUGGAGUGAAUUCAGAUCCAUGUAAGAAGGUUGGAGAAUCUACGCUAAAAAUAAUCAAGUUUACUACUUGCUCCCAGAACCAGUUCACUUGUGAUGAUGGACAAUGUAUUGAUAUGGAUGAAAGUUUAGAUGUGACCAAACUACCAACUGUUUGGAUGAGUCAGAUGAAGACGGAUGCCAGAUCAUUUUCCAGAAAGAAAAUUACAAAAGAAUAAUUGUACCCUUCAGGACCUAAUUUAGUUACAU